UCCACUGACGUUAACAUGACGCAAUGACGCGGUGUCGUCCUCUUACCGGAAGCUGAAGGGGAAAUCAGUGGAGUCGCGUUGGCAUUUCUCUCAGCUGACGCUCGAGCGCGGGAGACACCGAGCUGUUCACAGACUCCAGGAGCAGGACAUGAUAAGGUCUCCACCAUGGACACAGAGAUGAUGAUGCCGAAAUUCUCCUCGAAAGACGAGGAAAUCAAUUACUGGAAGUGCUUGUCUCUCAAAUACAAGAAGAGUUAUCAUGACGCCCAGGACGAGCUGCAGGAGUUCCAGGAGGGCAGUCGAGAGCUGGAGGCCGAGCUGGAGGCUCAGCUGGGGCAGGCCGAGCACCGCAUCCGAGACCUGCAUUCAGAGAACCAGAGGCUGAAGUGCGAGAUGGACACACUCAAGGAGAAACUGGAGCAGCAGUACGCUCAGAGCUAUAAGCAGAUCUCCAUGCUGGAGGACGACUUGGUCCAAACACGCGGCAUCAAGGAGCAGCUGCACAAAUAUGUCAGGGAGCUGGAGCAGGCCAACGACGACCUGGAGAGAGCUAAGAGGGCCACCAUCACAUCCCUGGAGGACUUUGAACAGAGGCUAAACCAGGCGAUAGAGAGGAACGCCUUCCUGGAGAGCGAACUGGACGAGAAGGAGUCUCUGCUGGUGUCUGUGCAGAGGCUGAAAGAUGAAGCUAGGGACCUGAGGCAAGAGUUGGCAGUUCGAGAGAGGACUUCAGAUGUUGUCAGGAUGUCGGCCCCCAGCUCUCCCACCCUUGACACUGAUAAGACAGACUCGGCAGUGCAGGCCUCCCUGUCCCUCCCUGCUACACCUGUAGGGAAGAACAUGGAGCAUCCUUUCAUUGCUUCUAAAGCGUUGACCAACGGCUGUGGAAGCUCCCCCCUCACACCGUCUGCACGGAUCUCUGCUCUUAACAUUGUUGGUGAUCUUCUGCGGAAAGUUGGGGCUCUUGAGUCUAAACUAGCUGCCUGUAGGAACUUUGCCAAGGACCAGGCAGCAAGGAAAAAUUACGCCACAGAAAAUGGAAACCUCUUCAACAGCAACGCAACCAAGUUCUCUCAUUCGCUCCACACUACGUAUUUUGACAAGACGAAUAUGAAUGGCCUGAGUCCCGGUGCCCUGACGGCCAUGGCUUCCCCGCGGACCAUGUCUCCUCCUGGCUUGCUCCCUCUCAGCGUGUGAGAGACUUUCCUAGCGACCUCCACACAAGCUCGGACACAAUGUGGAAACAGAGAGGACACUCCAGAGAUUGUGUGUGUGUGUGUGUGUGUGUGUGUGUUUGAGAGAGACUGAGAUGACUGACAGAUACAUGUCAGACGUGAGGGUCCGUUCCUGUGAGGGCGAGCUUCAGUUGACCUCUGUUCUUCUCACGAGGUCUCACCUAAAGCCAGCAAAACGACAAAGGUCUGAGUCAGGCCACAGCUUCUGUGUGAGUGUUUCAGUGUGUCGCGCGAUUUAAAGGACGUUCAAGGGAUUUUCUUUUGAGGUGAACGUCACUGUAUGCUUGAUGCAAAUGCGUUGAUUUACACGCUCACUGUUUUCAGCUUCAGUAAAGGGUCUAAAUGUGGAGGUCCGCAGAUGUUUUUACUGGAAUGAAUGCCAAGAAAACGUGUUCAGUAGCAUGGAAACUUCGGCUACCUUUAAAAGCGCUCUAUUGAAUUAUUAACCCAGUUACAUCAGCUGACUGGUCACCAGUUUGCAUGAUGCAACCACUAUUUUAGGGCUUUAAAAGGUUUGUAUGUUUCUGAAACUGCACUUCAAAAUCCCACAGUUCAGUGAUGUUUACUGUGUCUAGUUUCACUCGUGUAGCUGCUUUGACUGUAAAUCAGUCUCUGUGCGGUGUGACCUUCCUCACAGAAAUUGUCAGUGGUUGUAUGAACCUCAUUUCUAUCCCAUGUGCCUCUGCUGGUGAGUUCGGUAUUCACUUAAUUUAUUUCACUUGUGGAACUUGAAGCCAACUUUUGUUUAUCACAGUGUUUAUGUUCAGUUGAUUUAUGCCAAACUUUAACAUCAAGUAUAGGAGCACUUGUUAGUGUUAAUUUCCCUCUUCCUUUUGAGUCUUUGAUUUCAGUUAUCAUGCACUUUGUUGGCCGUUUUGUUAUAUCUCAUGUAUAUAGAUUUGUAAACAUAGCAGUUAUGCCCAGUCUGUAGAUACUUAAAUAGGGCUGAUGUUUAAUUUAUUUGAGAGUCUUUAUGGCAUGUUUUGACACAAUGAGUGAAUUUUACAUACUGUGCAUUGGUUUAAAAACAUAUAUCAAGAUGUAAAAUUGGUUGUUUGAGAUGUGCAAAUAAAUAAAGCGAAAAAAUGGG